CACAUGCAUUUAGUGCAAAAAUAAGUUGGCAGUUGAGUUGUAGUGGACCUACUACCAUGUGCUAUUUAGUGGAAUACUUUUUUCAUUCAUUAUAAAUGUAGUCUGUAGUCAUGCAAUUCUUGUAUGAAGAUGGGCGCAGCUUCUCGAUUUCUAGUUGGUUUUGUUUUGGUGAUUUUGUUUGUAGAUUGUUUGGUUUUUGCUGAUGUUGAUGGCAAUGACGAGAAGUUCUUGGGCAAGCCAUUCCUAAGGAAGCCGAAGCCGAAGCCGUUCGUGCGCAAGGGCUUCGGCUUCGGCGGUGGUUUAGGGCACGGCCAUAAGAAAGGGUUUAAGCGUAGGUUUGGCGGUGGUGGGAUCGGCGGCGGCGGUGGUUUAGGUGGUGGAGGAGGGUUUGGCGGCGGCGGGGGUCUUGGUGGAGGAGGUGGUGGUUUGGGAGGCGGAUCAGGUGGAGGAUUAGGAGGCGGUGGUGGAUUAGGAGGAGGUGGUGGUUUGGGAGGCGGAGGAGGUGGAGGAUUCGGAGGCGGUGGUGGUUUGGGAGGCGGAGCUGGAGGAGGAUUUGGAGGCGGUGCUGGUAGUGGAGGAGGACUUGGAGGGGGUGGUGGUGGAGGUGGCUUCGGAGGAGGUGGCGGUGGUGGUCUUGGAGGCGGAGGUGGCUUUGGUGGUGGUGGAGGACUUGGCGGUGGCCACUAGAUAAAUUCGUCCUUAAUUGUGGAUGGUUUCAUUUAUGUUGAAGUAGUUGGGAAUGUCGAAUGUUGAUAGAUAAUGUGGUUAUGUUGUAGUAAUUGAUGAACGUGUUUGUUCCCUUCAUUUGGAAAACUUAUAUGUAAUGGCUUAUUACAAUCAUGGAAAUGGAUUUGCCAACGCUUAGGUGAUUAAAAGGCAUGCAUGCAGUUCCAUUUUCCAUGAGAAAUGUGGUAUUAUUUGUCAUGCAGCUCUAAUUAAUUGAAUAUAUAAGUUUUUAUCUUGGUUGUU